AAGAAUUGGAUUGAUUACUCAUUCUCAUUCCCUCUCUUGUCAAUCCAUUCAAGACUAUGGCCUCCCAUUGCUCUAUGAGAGCAAUCCUCCACAGAUUCUCCAAUGGCGUCUCUUCCAGAUCCAUUCUCAACUCCACUAAACAUCGUCUUCUCACCAUGACCAACUCUCUCUCUUCUCUUUCCUCAAUCUCUCCUCACACUACUUCGCACUUCACGGCGUCACAACAAUCAGAUGACGAGAACUGCUUCCGCAAGCUUCAAGUCAGAAAGAUUUCGAUUUCAACUCCUCUUUGUAUGGGUCGUCGCUCUUCCAAAAUCGCUGGCCGAAAGGGGGCUCAAGAUUCUAAGAAGGCGAAGCUAUACUGUAGAAUUGGCAAGGAGGUUGUAUCUGCUGUCAAAAAAGGGGGUCCAAACCCAGUUUCAAAUACGACUCUAGCUACUAUUCUUGACAAAGCGAAAGAGCUGGAUGUACCGAAGGACAUUGUGGAGCGUAAUAUUAAGAGGGCUUCUGAGAAGGGACAAGAAGCUUUUAUAGAGAAGAUUUACGAGGUAUAUGGCUAUGGUGGGGUUAGUAUGGUAGUCGAGGUCUUAACAGACAAAAUUAAUCGAUCAGUGGCAGCUAUUAGAUCGGUUGUUAAGGAUUAUGGAGGAAAAAUGGCUGAUUCAGGAUCUGUCAUGUUCAAGUUUAGACGAGUUAGGGUAGUGAAUAUAAAGGUCACUGAAGCUGACAAAGAUCAGCUCCUUAAUAUUGCUUUAGAUGCUGGAGCAGAGGAUGUUAUUGAGCCCCCAACUUAUGAAGAUGAUACUGAUGAAGAUAGGGAAGAAAGGUACUACAAAAUUGUAACUUCUUCUGAGAACUACUCAACUAUAUUAUCAAAGCUACGGGAUGAAGGUGUGAAUUUCGAGCCUGACAAUGGCUCUGAACUGCUCCCUCUUACUACAGUUGAGGUGGAUGAUGAGGCCAUGGAACUGAACAAAGAGCUAAUGCAGAAACUACUAGAACUUGAUGACGUUGAUGCUGUUUAUAUCGACCAAAAAUGAAAAGAAUAUACAUUUCAGGAAGCUCCACUUCAAGACCAGUGAAUUCAAAGCUCAAGAGAAAAGUGAUCAUGUCAAUCUCUGAACUAGUUUUGCUGAACGCUGCAUACAUAAUCUGAAGAAGGAAUGAUGGUUUUGGUACACACUUACAUUUUAGACCAUCCUUAUUGCGAGGUGCUUAACUUGGUUCUUAGCUCAAAAGAAAUUAAAAUUGAAGGUUUAAUUGAUGAUUUUGCUAAGGAAUGACUCUUAGCUAAGAGUCAAAAAUUGGGCUAAGAACCAAAAAAAUUACUAAGAACCAAAACUAAGACCUCCCAAAAAAUUACUUCUUCUUUCUUUUUUCGUUUUUUUGGUCGAUACCACUGUAAUGUACUAAUGUGUUAGAAGCUGAAAUUAGGUUUUUAAUUUGAUC